AUGCCGUCAAUUAAAAAGUGUGUUGUUGUUACAGGUUUUGGACCAUUUAAAGGGCAUAAGAUAAAUGCAAGCUGGGUUUCAGUACAGGAGUUGGCCAAGUUAGACCUUGACAUUGAUCAGGUUGAGCUUGUCAUAUAUGAGAUUCCUGUCAUCUAUGAGGAAGUGAAGAUUAUUAUUCCUAAGCUUUGGGAGAAACAUAAACCCGUGUUAAUGGUUCAUGUUGGAGUGUCUGGAGUCGCAAAUGAACUAACAUUAGAGCAGCAAGCACACAAUGAUGGCUACAACCGUGAUGAUGUUCAAGGAAUGGUUCCUAGCACCCGCAUGUGUGUAGAUGGCAGUUGUCAUGACAUUAUCGUGUCUGGCAUUAAUAUGUCUGUAGUAUGUGAAGAAGUCAAUGCAGCCAACCAUAAAGUCAGCUCUGUUGUGUCACAUGAUGCUGGAAG